AUGGCAUUGCCAAGGGAGGCAGCUCGCAGGUACGAUGCAUUGGCACCCGCUGCAUCGUCUGUCUUUGCCUCGACGUCAACCGCUGGCUCCAGCUCAGCGCCUUCGUCAGAUCCUGCAGCACCUUCUGACUCCACAACACCUAAAGAACACUUACUCCCCGAUCUCCCUACAGGCGACGAUGGCACCACCUUAUCAGAUAGAGCUCCAUCACUCAAGCUCCCAGAGCCGACACACCAGCCAGUACCAACACAUACGAACCUUGAAACCGCAGUACAUAGCAACGGCCCACCACCAUGGCCGACAAUCACCUACAAGCACCUCCUGUCCGCUGGCACACUCAACCCGACCAACCCUCUGCGUGUCGUUGCGCACUGCGACGUCGAUGCAGCCUACGCGCAAUUCGAAGCAUCUCGUCUCGGGCUUGAUGCCGCAGUAGUACCAAUAGCAGUACAGCAAUGGCAAGGCCUCAUUGCAGUCAACUACCCAGCUCGAGACGCUGGAGUAUCACGAUUCGAGAGCAUUCCAGAAGCACUGAAAAAAUGCCCUGAUCUGCAUCUCGUCCAUGUUGCCACCUAUGCCCACGGCAGCAACAAGGCUAACUACCAUUCUGAUCCGAAACCGGAAACACACAAAGUCAGUCUAGACCCCUACCGUAGGGAAAGCAAUAAGAUCUUAGCUAUCUUCAAAAAAACCUGUCCACAUGGUGCCGUGGAGAAGGCUAGCGUUGACGAGUCGUAUUUUGAUCUUACGAUUGAGGUACGCAAGCUGAUGAUCGAGCGUUUUCCGCAUUUGAGCCAACCACCGCCGGAUGAUCCGGUGACGGGGAUGAAGGGAAUGGAUCAGCCGUUGCCUCCGCCGCCGAGGUUGGGGCUGAAGCAAUGGAAGCAGCUUGGAUAUGUGGUGCCGAAGUCGGGUGAUGUGGGCAAGGCAACGGGCAUUGGAAGGCCAGAGAAGGCGGUUGCGAAGGGAGCGUUGCUUGUGGAUGCACCGAUCGGAGCGGGGAUUGUGUCAGAACCUUUACCGUCGCUUGCUGAAGACCCGAACAACCCUUCGUCAAAGCUGGAUAGGCAACCGCAAGGAGAGGAAGAGAAGUUUGCUGAAGCCAAAGACAAGCAAACUCCUUCAUCGUCCUGGAGUUCAGACGACCGCGUCACAGAUCCAUCUUCGAGCCAACCCGGCGAUCUCGACUCCGAAGCAGCACUCUGGGACCGUAUCGAAUACGGCGAAACCACAUGGACUGAUGUUGCACUCGCUCUCGGUGCUGAAUUGAUGAACCGCGUUCGUCAAAACGUACUCGACGAGCUAGGAUACACUACCUCAGCAGGCAUCGGAUCCAACAAAACUCUCUCCAAGCUAUGCUCUUCUUGGCGCAAGCCUAAUGGACAGACCAUUAUGCGGCCCUGCUCUGUCGCCAACUUCUUCUCCUCGCUUCCCUUCCAGAAGAUCCGUUUUCUUGGCGGCAAGCUAGGCAACGCCAUGGGUGUGGAAUGGAACUCAGCAACUGUUUCGGAUCUAUGGAACGUGACGCUGGACGAGAUGCAAGCCAAGCUCGGAGAAGAAGCGAGAUGGGUCUACAACGUGCUGCGCGGCAUCGACUAUAGCGAGGUGAGGGAGAGAGUGAACAAUCAGACCAUGUUAGCGAGCAAGUCGGUGAGACCGGCGAUCACCAAACCGGAGGAAGCUAUGCACUGGUUGACGAUCCUAGCGACUGAAUUGGCGAUCAGGUUGCGGGAAGCGAGAGAGGAUAGAAUCAAUCUCUGGCCAAAGACGUUAGUGCUUAGGUAUAUCAGAGCUGGAUCUGUGCCGCGCAGUCGACAAACAGCUUUUCCCUUUACGAACACGACCAGUCAGGAUGAGCUGGCGAAAGCCAUUCUCAAGAAAGGUCAGAAGCUGUGGGAAGAGUCUCUGGGCGAUGCGUUAGGGAUCACUGGAGGCUCAGGGUUUGCAGGAGAGGCGAAGGUGUUGACGAUAGCCCUGGGCUUUGGUGGGCUAGCUGAAGGUGAGGUUGGUCAGCGAGGCAUCGCGGGCUUUCUGGGGUCAACGAGCAACGCUGCACCGAGCUCCACUUGGAUACCAUCUUCGACGUCAGCGUCGACAGGACCGGCGGCAGAAGCUGGGUUGGAGGAACCGUCUUUGCCUCGCAAGAAGAAGAAACGCAAUCGACUUGAUCAGAUGUUCCAAACGCAAGCCAAACAACUAGAAGCUACCCAGCAGCGGGAGUCGCCGAAAGGGUCAGAAGCAACAACACCAAAUAACCUCAACGAGGACAGCGCUGUUGACACCAAGGCGGCAGAUGGCUCAGCACAAGAGAGUGCCAACCCAAAGCAAGAAGACGCAUCAGCGGCAUCGGGAACUGACGAUCGGGAAGAAGCUCCCCCACAAUGGCGUUGUCCCGAAUGCUCGCAGCUCAUCGUUGCACCUCCCGAUUCAGCCUGGUUCGAAAAGCCGUAUCUGAUAGAAAAGCUCAAAGACGAGCAUCUCGAUUGGCACUUUGCUGUGUUACUUUCCCAGGCUCCCCCUCAUCCAUCAUCAUCGUCAUCAUCCGCCGCUGCUGCGUCUCAACCGGCAUCGGCAGCCAGGAGCAAAAAGAAGCGAGUGUUGGACAAGUUCUUUACGCGACGGUAA